UUGUUUAUCUGUGCAGUGUUUUAAAUAUUCGUGAAAAUGUCUGACGAAGCGCCACAUGAAGCGCAAGGAAAUAAACGAAACAAUAGGAAACGUAAGAAGUCUUUCUUAAAGAAUGCCAGGAAAUAUGCGAAAAAAGGACAUUAUGGUAGAGGAAGUCAUAUUGAGGCCGAUACAUAUCAAUACUUUGUAAGGAUUAUGGAAACUUAUAGAGAAGGAUUUGAUAAUGAUGAAGAUAAAGCAAAUUUUGUAAACAAUGUUUUUGAACAAACUGAAAACACUGAAGUCAACUGCAGUUGUAACCAAGUGGGGUGUCGUGUGGUUGAAAUGCUUAUACCAUUUGCCAAUGACAGUGUGUUGGAAAGGUUCAUGAAAGCCUUCAGCGAUGAUAUUCGUCCAAUUUGUAGCGAUAGAUUUGCCACACAUGUUCUAGAAGCUUUAGUUACACAAUCUACACAAAGAUCAUUAAAAACAGACUUACCUGACAAAACUAAAGAAAUGUACAAAGCAUUCACAAUUAAAAUCAGUAAGUUUUUGUUAAAUAACAUGGAAGAUUUCAUCUGGGAUACCUAUGGAAAUCAUGUUAUUAGAACAUGUUUGUUGAAUUUGGCAUUAUUACCCAAAGAGGAUGAUAAAAAACCACAGCAAAAGAAAAAUACUGAAAUUAAGGAAGAAGAGGAAAAAAAUACUGAUGUUCCUGAAUAUUAUUCUGAAAUAAUUAAAGAUUAUGCUGAAAGAUUAAUAGUUUGGCCUCAGUUUAAAGAACUUUGUUCAUCUGAAUUAACAUCAGGUUUUCUGCAGAUUUUAUUAAAAACCUUAAGAAAAGUAGACAAAAAAUUGUUAAGAAAAUACCUGGAAAAAUUUUUGGAAGAUUUAUUUGCUCCAGAAAAUAAUAAAAAUAUUGACAAUCCAGAUUCUUUUCCACAAGUAUUUUUAUCCAAACCAGCUAUGAUGAUAUUGGAAAUGGCUUUACAAGUGGCAAAAUCAAAAAUGUUUACCCAAAUUUAUGUUAAAUGUUUUUCAGGAAAGUUGGUAAAACUUGCUAAAACAAGAAAUACCAAUUUUGCUGUUCAAAAAUUGUUAAAUCAUUGUAAUGAUAAGGCUGAAUUUGAAGCUAUGUUUGAUGAAUUAGCAGAUAGUUUUUUGGAAAUUGUUGAAGCUGGACACUCAGGUGUCAUUUUAUCCUUGGGACAAAGUUGCAAAAGAUUGUCAGCUAAACAAGGGAAUUAUGUUCAGAGUAUAAUGAAAUGCUUUGGUUGUGAACAAGAAGACCAAAGUCAUCACUUAAUUAUAUGCUUGAGCCGAUUAACUUCAUUGGAAAAAAUGAAAGGCACAUCAAAUGAAAAUCUUCAAAAGGAAAAGUUAAAUCUACAUGGAACACUUAUAUUGCAAUUAAUGUUGGAGUUUAAUAAACCGAUAAAAAUUGUUAAUGGCAUUCUUAAUACAGACAUCAAUGAUUUAAAAAAUUUGUUUUCAAACAGCAUGGGAAGCCAUAUUGUGGAUUCAUAUGUUAAAAGUGCUUUUGUUGGAGAGAAAAGUAGGGAGAAAUUAGUUCGCAAAAUGAAGGGUACUUAUCAAGAAUUGGCUUCUUCAAAAUUUGGUUCAAGAUGUUUUGAAGCCUUAUGGAAUGCCGCAAAUUUAAAAAGUAGAUUAGCUAUUAUGGAUGAACUUCUGUAUAAAGAUGGAGCUUGGUCAAAUUCAGAUCACGGUAAAAUUAUUUCCAACAAAAUUAAUUUUAUUCUUUACAAACGAAGUAAGGAAGAAUGGAAAAAUAAUUUAAACAAAACCACUGAUAAGACUAAGGAAAUGUUUGCAGAUGUGUUAAAGUAAAUUGUUUUAAUAUAUACUUAUUUUACAUUUUUACGUUUUUAAAGGAUUUUAAUAAAUAAAACACAAGAUUCCAGUGAAUGUAUAUAUUGUGAAAAGUCCUUAAUUUAAUAAUGUUAUUGCAA